AAAACGCCCUUGAAUUUUGCAUUGUGUUGUUGGCAGUAUGAAUGGAGAGAACAAGCAUUAUGGCACACCCAGAAAUCCGUGCGCUCCAGAUAGGGUGCCUGGAGGCUCUUCUAGCGGUUCUGCUGUUGCCGUAGCUGUAGGCCUCGCAGAUUUUUCCUUAGGAACUGACACUGGAGGAAGUGUAAGAAUUCCUGCAUCGCAUUGUGGAAUUUUUGGGUUUCGGCCAUCUCAUGGUGUCAUUUCUACUUCUGGAGUUACUCCUCUGGCACAAAGUUUCGAUACAGUGGGAUGGUUUGCAAGGAAUCCUGCGAUUUUGAAUAGAGUUGGAAGAGUGUUACUCCAAUUGCCUGAUACGGGUCCUGUCGUACCCACUCAGUUAAUCAUCGCAGAAGACUGUUUCCAGAUUUCAAGUGUUCCAAGCAGUCGAGUGAAACAAGUACUUGUUGACUCAGUUGAGAAGUUAUUUGGGGGUCAAGUUAUAAAACAUGCUAACCUUGGGGACGUUGUCAAGGACAAAGUUCCAAGCUUGAACUCUUUCUUGGAUAAAGGAAAUCCAAGUGAAGAGUGUAAGAUUGUGAAUGAUAAUGAAUGUUGUAUUGGAUCGUUUUGUUGUAAGCCACUUGUCUAUCAAGUUGUUAGCAACCAAAGUGAUCCGAUAGUCCUAACAUAA